UCUGCGGCAUCCUCGAAGUCGCCCAUCGUUUCGCCAUCCUGUUGAUCGAAUCAUAGGCCUAUAACCCUGGAAAAUGAAGGGUUUCUCUCUGUAAUUAUACAGUGGUCACUACAAGUUAAAGGAAAGCUUUGUACAGAAUCAACGCUCUCGGAAGCACUGGACCUCUGGUUGUCUGCUUACAGCAUUGACCUGUGAAGAAACCCAGAAGCCAAAACGCUGGGAAAAUGCCGGGAUUGACAGCUCCCUCUGAUUAUUCCCAAGAACCACCCCGUCAUCCUGCCCUGAAAAUCAAUGCCAAGGAGCCCUUCAAUGCUGAGCCGCCACGUUCUGCUUUGACUGCAUCUUACGUGACUCCUGUGGAUUUCUUUUACAAAAGAAAUCAUGGACCCAUCCCAAUUGUUGAUGACCUGGAGAGAUAUUAUGUUGAUAUAUGUGGUUUAAUUGAAAAUCCAAAAAAGCUGUAUAUGAGAGACAUCUGGAUGCUGCCGAAAUAUAGUGUCACUGCAACCUUACAGUGUGCAGGAAAUAGAAGGACUGCCAUGAGCAAUACCAGAAAAGUGAGAGGUGUUGGCUGGGAUGUUUCUGCUUUAGGAAAUGCUGUUUGGGCUGGAGCCAAAUUAGCUGAUGUUCUCGAACUUUUUGGAAUACCAAAGUUCACAAGUACCACUCAGACAGGUGGAAAACAUGUAGAGUUUGUGAGCAUUGAUAAAUGUAAGGAGGAAAAUGGAGGCCCAUACAAGGCAUCAAUUCCACUUCGUCAGGCCACAAACCCAGAAGCUGACGUUUUACUUGCUUAUGAGAUGAAUGGAGAGCCUCUUAACAGGGAUCAUGGUUACCCAUUGCGAGUAGUUGUUCCUGGUGUCAUAGGUGCUCGUUCUGUCAAAUGGCUGGAUUCUAUCAACAUAAUUGCUGAAGAAUGCCAGGGUUUCUUUAUGCAAAGGGACUACAAGAUGUUUCCACCAUCAGUGGAUUGGGAUAAUAUCAAUUGGGCUACCAGAAAGCCACAAAUGGAUUUCCCUGUUCAGUCUGCAAUUUGCUCUUUAGAAGACGUGCAGGCAAUAAGGCCUGGAAAGGUGAAGGUUAGUGGAUAUGCAGUUUCUGGAGGUGGCCGUGGAAUUGAGAGGCUAGAUGUGUCCAUUGAUGGUGGCAAAACCUGGAUUGAAGCCACAAGAUUCCAAAAACCUGGUGUCCCUUAUGUAGCAGAUGAUAUUGACAGUGACAAAUGGGCAUGGGUGCUUUUUGAGGCCAUAGUUGAUAUCACAAAUGGUACAGAGAUUGUUGCCAAAGCGGUGGAUACAGCAGCAAAUGUUCAACCUGAAAAGGUGGAAGACAUUUGGAACUUGAGGGGGAUACUAAACACUUCAUGGCACCGGGUUCAAGUUCGAGUGGGUCACUCAAAUAUGUAGAUGAAACUUAAACAGUGGCUGAAUGUCUUUAGAAUUAAGUUGACACGUGGGAGGUUUCUGUUACCAUGUGCUUUGGGCAAAAAUAAUCGACAAAACCAUAUGUUAAGCCCUUGAACUAAUCUCUGAUAAUUAAGGUCUGGGGACUCAAUAGCAAAUCUGGAAUAGUUCAGGGGCUUAACAUAUGGUUUUGCCAAGAUAAUAUGCCUAACCUAAUAAUGUUGUUCAGUGAGAGCACUGUGGUCCCUUAGUGUUUGUCAACUUCAUAUGCCUGAAUCUGGACAUGCCAACAAAAGUUUUUAGGUUUUCCUUUAAAAACUAAAUUAAGUUAUGUGAGUGAAUCAUGAGCAGGCUCACCUUCGUGGGUGCUAAUGUAUUAAAAAAAUCCACCAUCA